GGCGGCAGUUCUGCGCUUCGAGCCCAUAGCCGUAUAGUCCCGGCCGAAGCGCGGAAAGCUCUCUUCGGUGUACUCCCUUCCUCGCAGCGUCUCUCGUUACCAAGGGGAUUAGGAGGCGCCUGCGUAGGAGUGUCUCUAAUUGUAGCGGAGAGUCUUGGGGCCUCGGGAAGUAACAUCUUUUAGGGACUAUUUUUGUGCUGAGAGGGAGAGCUGGGCGCAGCGUUACCGCGGAGGGUUGGCAGCAAGGGGCCUUCUCUGGCGAAGUGGGACUGAGCUGCUGGAGGGGACUAGUCCCUGUGUGUGAACGGGAGUGAGGGGAGGUCGAGUGCUUAGGUCUGGGGGGUCAGUACAGUGCAGCAAGUCCUGCAGCUUCAGAGGGACCCACCUGAGGAUGGACAUAGGACCCCCAGACGUGCUGGAGCGCAAGGGGGCUUUGACUCUGCGCUCGCAUUGCAUGCAAUAUGGGAGACCUACCCUAAUGUACCGCUGGCACCAAAACAGAGAGGCUGAACCUAAAGAUUAUGAUAUAAAUGAAGUUCCUUUGGGUUCAAAGAAUUUAUGUCAAUCUACCUACUCAAGAUUUGGAACUAUGGAUGGGACAUGGAUCACCACUUACCAGGAUCAUUUGUCUCAACCAUAUACAAAUAAAGGAUAUAGGGAAAUUGAGAUUCAUAAAUCCAUGCUGAAUGAAGAUAAUUUUGAAGAUGGUGUUAUUGACAGGGAGACUGGACUGCCCAAAACAGGAGUUGGAGCUGUAUUGCCAAGACACCCUUCAGAUCACUUUCAAAUGUAUCUGGAUACAACAUACCGUAUAGACUAUGUUCCUCCAUAUGAUUAUACACCAUAUGUUGGAGCCCAACCAGAUGGUUAUUCUAUAGUUCAUAGAAAAUGUCACUCUCAAUUUACUGACACAGCAGAUUACAGAAGACGUGGUAUCAACACCUGGCAAGAUGAGAGUGGGAUAUACGCUAAUGUGGAUAUAAAGCAACGGGUCUUCCCAGUAACUAAUCCUAUACCGUCAAACGUGCAUGAAUAUAAUUUCUAAGCAGUUAUAAUAGAAUCUGAAAUAGACACAUUGUAUGUCAUGUAUUAACUAUUUCCCAAAUAUUCCAAUAAAUAUUUUUAAAUGCUUGUUACAGUA